CGAAGAAGACCUGUUCUUCCGGGAAAAUGGCGACUCCCGCUCGUGCCCCGGAGUCGCUGCCUGCCGCGGAUCCCGCGCCAGCUGAGGGGCCCUCCGAGGAAGCUGACUGCCCUCCGCCGCGCCAGCCUCAACCCCCGCAGAAUGUUCUCGCUGCCCCGCGGCUUCGAGCCCCAAGCUCCCGAGGACUUGGGGCAGCGGAGUUCGGCGGAGCUGGGGGAGAUGUUGAAGCGCCAGGAGAGACUUUUGCGCAACGAAAAAUUCAUUUGCAGAUUGCCCGACAAAGGUAAAAAGAUCUUAGACACUGUUGCCAAACUGAAAGCUGCAAUUGCAGAGCGUGAAGAGGUUAGAGGAAAACGUGAACUGUUUCAUUCUGCUAGUUUAGACUGUAAGCUAAGGCAAAAAGUAAUUGCAAGAGUUGAUGUGGAUAUAGAAAAGGCCCAGAAUUCUGACCAAAUACUUGAUACUUCAUCACUAGUUCCUGGCUGUUCCUUUGUAGAUAACAUCAAAUCAUCUAACACAAUCUCAGAAAAACAGGGACUUGUACAUCCUACUCACAAAGGCGAUGAAGAGAUUCCAGAGACUGAGUACACAGUGAACAAGGGCCCAGCUUCCCACAACGGAGCCAGGGGACCUUCCUCACCUGAAGCUAGAGAGCAUCUCCCUCAGCAUUGUGUUUCAAGUCAAGCAGAAGAUAUUUCCAGCAGUGUUGACAACCUGUUUAUUGAUAAGUUCCAAAGGUUCACAGUUGCAGACCAAGGUACACAUCACUCAGAAGAAAACACAAGUGCUGAGAACUUGACGAGCCUUUCUGGUAGGACUCCUAAGAAGCCCCAUUACAUGGAAGUGCUAGAAAUGCGAGCCAAAAACCCAGUGCCCCCACCACAUAAAUUUAAAACCAAUGUUUUACCAUCACAACAGAAUGACUCACCUAGUCACUCUCAGAGGGUAGAGUCUCCGGUUUCCUCAGCAGAGCGGCGGCGCAGGGAUAAGCAGCAUCUUGAUGACAUCACAGCAGCACGGCUCCUGCCACUUCACCAUCUGCCUGCACAGCUGCUUUCCAUAGAAGACUCUUUGGAACUUCAGAAACAGCAGAAACAGAAUUAUGAGGAGAUGCAAGCAAAGCUCGCAGCGCAAAAAUUAGCUGAAAGACUGAAUAUUAAAAUGCAGAGUUAUAAUCCAGAAGGGGAGUCUUCAGGGAAGUACCGAGAAGUAAGGGAUGAAGAUGAUGAUCAGUCCUCUGAUGAUGAAUUAUGAAGAUGGGCAUUGGGAUUAUCUCCUAAAAUUUUCAACUCUUGAGAGGUCAUUAUCUUCCAUCAGACUUCCUAACAAGUAUCAAGAUUGGUGUCAGACAUUGUUGAGGAAAAAACAUUUAUAAAGUUACAAAAAUGUCACCACAAAAAAUAAAGCUCAGUUUGUCUUUCAGAAGAUGAUCUUCGUGUGCUUGAAAAGUUUAAUAUUUCAAUAUUGUGUUUAACCAUAUUGUAUUAAAGUUUUGCGGUAUGUCAUGCAUUGGUCUGAUAUUUUAGUAUGUAGUAGAAUAUGUUUUUUUCCUCUAAGUCAAAUGGGAGUAGAUAACUGCUUUUUUCCUUAUUCUUACCUCUAUCAAAUGGCAUUUAUUAUGUCUUUCAGUGAAACACUUAGUUGUCCCAGACAUCUAAAAUAAAUUAGGAAAAAUAGUUCCCUCCUUUUUUGAGCAAUGAAGGGAGCAGUCCAAAGCACAGUGUGUGUGCUAACAUGGAGCUGAGAUCUAGGAUGUCCUUUACCUUGAAAGACACUCAGAAAAAUGCUUCACAAAUGUUUGUUUCAUUCUCUUGUCUUCCCUUAGGAAGAUUGUUAUCUUUCUUCUGAUUAGGAAUAAAGAGUACUUUGAGGAGAUCCUGGAGAGCAGAGGGUCUUUCUAGAUGACCAGAUUUGCCUGGAGGAACUUGUGGCAUAGGAAAAGCAAACUGAGAGCUAAGAAAAGGAGUAGCUGUUCUCAUGCUUCACCUGACUGGAGUUCAUUGCUCUCACAGAUGAGGUCCGUGUAUAGCACAUUCAUGUUUAGUACAAAAAUCAGUUAUUUUUUCAAAGUUAUAAUUGAAUUGUCAGUACAUUGCUUCCCCUCCUAUCCAAAAGAGGCAUAUAUAGGCUGCAGAAAUCCCAAUCUCCUAUAUAUACAUGUUCCUGUCAUUUAAAAUGAUUAUAUGGUUGUCUCCAGAGAAAUUAUGUUGUUAAAAAAAUUCCUUGUCUAAUGUGGAGCCUUUAAAAGUAUUGAAAGGAAAAAUAAAAUAUUAAUUAGAGCAACUUCAAA